CUCGGGUUCCGCCCUGCUGGCGUCCGCGUCUGCGUGGGGGCUUUCGGGGGGGUGUACUUCUUCAUUUUUUCCCAGCUGUGUCGUUUGAUAACCGUCAACGCCGGCUUCGAACUCCCGAGAGUUCUUCCUUAACAGCAGUACUGAAGCUCGAGGAAGUCACCAUUUGGCUGAAAUUGAGACAAGAUUUCCCAACUUCCUUCGGGGGAAAAAAAAUAACGGUGGACGAGAUUCAAUUCCUAGCUGUCCUCUCCCUUCAGAUGCGCUCAAUUGGCAGCCAGAUUGCUCGUGCACACGUUGUGAUAAUUCUAAGUCACCUAUGCUUUGGUUGGUAACAGUGUCAAACUCUGGAAAUGUUGUUAACGUAGAAGAGGCCAGAAGAACUUAGAUCCCAGAUAUUUCUGGUGUUUGGUUACUUAAAGAAGAUUAUUUGAAGACUGCUUUUGGAAUCAAAUAGCAUGGAUCCCAGCAGUGACUACCAUUUCCUCAAUCAGAUUUUGUGGAGAAGGGUGAAACUCACGUUGGUUUGUGGCAUCUUUGAGGGAGUACUCCAGCAUGUGGACCCUAACAGGAUUGUUGUCCUGAAGAAAGUGAAGAAUGUAGAGACUGGUCGGAGCGUUCCAGGAGUAAAGAUGUUUUUUGGGUACGAGAUUGUGAACGUGGAACUACUGGAUGAAGUGGAACAAGGUGCAAUGAGAGAAAAGACAUCUUCUGUCAGUGUAAAUACAGAAAGAACCAGGAUGGAUAAAGAUGAAGACCUAAACAUAUGUGAGCCUCUUUCUCUUGGCUCUGAGGCACCAGCCACCACCCUGCGGAAUGACCUCAAAUACAGCCCAUCAGAGGAAGAGGAGGUGACAUACACAGUCAUUGAUCAGUUCCAGCAGAAGUUUGGUGCUGCAAUGCUCCACAUCAAGAAGCAGAGUGUCCUGAGUGUGGCAGCAGAAGGUGCUAAUGUGUGUCGUCAUGGGAAACUAUGUUGGCUUCAGGUGGCCACAAAUAGCCGAGUUUACUUAUUUGACAUUUUCCUUCUGGGAAGUCGUGCUUUCAACAAUGGACUUCAGAUGGUAUUAGAAGACAAGAGAAUUUUGAAGGUUAUCCAUGAUUGUCGUUGGCUUUCUGAUUGCCUCUCUCAUCAGUAUGGAAUUUUGCUGAAUAAUGUCUUUGACACACAGGUAGCAGAUGUCCUUCAAUUUUCCAUGGAAACAGGUGGCUUUCUUCCAAACUGCAUCAGUUCUUUAAAGGAGAGUUUAAUCAGACACCUUAAGAUGGCCCCUAAAUAUCUCUCCUUUCUGGAAGAGAGACAGAAAUUGAUUCAGGAAAAUCCAGAAGUGUGGUUCACACGACCUCUUUCACCCUCUUUGCUGAAAAUUUUGGCUCUAGAAGCUACCUACCUACUACCCCUUCGUUUGGUACUCCUGGAUGAUAUGAUGUCUGAUCUAACCGCCCUUGUGGACGGGUACCUAAACACCUACCGAGAAGGGUCUGCAGAUCUCCUGGGAAGCACAGAGCCUACAUGUAUGGAGCUUCCUGAAGAACUGCUUCAACUCAAGGACUUCCAGAAGCAGCGCAGAGAGAGAGCUGCAAAAGAAUACAGUAUGAAUGCACAGGGACUCCUAAUAAGGACAGUGCUACAUCCAAAGAAAUUGGUGACAGAGACAGGAGGGAAAGGGGGGAAUGAAAGGAUUUCCUUACUUUGUAAAAACUCUACGCUAGAUGAAACGCCAGGUUUUACAUCUCAUCAGGAUGUAAAUUUGCUGAAAGAAGAAUCUAAAAAUAAACAAGCUUUGACAGAACCUCAGCAUCUACCUCCCAUGAAGGAAGAAGCCAGUGAGGAUUGUAUCAACAAACUCAUUUGCCCUGAGUCAGAGGUGCCAGAGGAAGAGGGAAUAAUAACGCAAAAAGAACACAGUAAGAUCCUCAAACAGGAGUUUCGGACAAGUUUAUCUUUGAAAGAGGAGAUAGCACAGUUACUGAUGGUGGAAAACCAGGAAAAUCUAAAUUGCACAAAACAAGAUGUUUCAGUGUCUCCUUCCCUUCCUCAGGAAACCGAAGUAUCUCCAAGUGACACCUUUCAUCCUUUUAGAAAAGCUGUGCUUCCCACACUUCCUCCCUGUCCAGCCUUGGAGAAAACCGAUUCUUGGAUAAAUCUGUCUCCACAUUUAUCUUAGAGAUGUGCAAUUUAUUCUUGAGACCGUGAACAUGGCUCAUUUCCUCUGCCAAUAGGGCCUUCCUCAGUGCUUCAGUUUUUCAUGUUGUAAAUUUAUUUUUGCCUCAGUCUCAAAGGAAUGAAGGCUUCAGGGAAAAUUAUAUCUUCUUGCUUAUAUGCCUAGAAUUUGAUUAGGAGGGAAUGAAUAAGUUAAAUAAUGGGAGAAGAAAAAUUUUUGAUUAUGUCACUGUGCAGAAAUGUUCUCAGUGGUCACAGCGAAUAAUUUAUCAUAAUUUCGGUUUAGAGGAUUUGAGAAGGGGAAAAAUCUUGGGUUUAGUCUCUGGAAGAAUCUAUACUUUUAAACUUUUUUUUUUUUUAAAUGUAAGCUCUAUGCCCAAAGUGGGGCUCGAAUUCACAACCCCAAGUUCAAGAGUUACAUGCUCUACUGACUGAGACAGCCAGGAGACCCUGACUUUUAAACUUCUGUUGUAUUUUUUUAUUUGAAGGGGGUUGGUAAAACUUGUAUCAAUAAGUUUAAAAAAACUGGUACCUGAUAACUUUACCAGUACUUUUUUCUUUCUUAAAAUACUAACUUUAUCAAUUAUGCCUGAAAAAAGCUGAGAAAAAUCCUUUUUUUGAAUUUUUAAUGUCUGUCUUAUGUCAUAGACAAACACUAGUCAAUGUUAUUAUAGGAAUCAAUAUCCCAGUUUUAAUUUCUUUUGAUUCCAUUUACUUCUAGAAGAUUUUGUCCAUUUUUGUAACAAAGCAGGGGCUUUUUUUGAGUAUGUCUGUUAUGUAAACUUGAAGUUUGAUUCCCCUUUAUUUUCCUGGAGUUGGUAUACUUUUUUUUUUUUUUUUUAAUUUUAUCUAGGUUCCACACCCAGUGUGGGGAUGGAACUUAAAACCCUCAAGAGUUGCAUUCUCUACUGACUAAGCCAGCCAGGUGCCCCAGUUUGGUAUACUUUCUUAAGUGAAAGAAGGCACUGAGCCCUUUUUAUAGUGAAUACUUGCAAGUUGCUUACAUUCAUUUGUGUACAAUAACCAAUAAACCUGUUGUGUCAUUGGGUUA